CGCUCUUUCGCUCUCUUUCGCUCUCUCUUUCGCUCUGAUCGUUCUACUCUUUGCCUGUCUACCGCAAAAGGCGAGAUCACGAAAUCCAAACUACUCAAAGAAAGUCAUCUGCGACUCUCACCUUGCGUAUUGGAAACAAAAAACAAAAACAAGAAGUCAUGUCAGCGGCAAUGGAUUCGUUCUUGAGCGACUAUCUCAGUGAAAAGUCGAGCGAGGCAGCGAAAUCGACUGCUGUGUCCGGUUUGAAACCCAGCGAUGUAGCUGCGUCUCUGUUCACCUUUGCCGAGGACGACGACAACGACGACGACAACGAACGCAGCAGUCCCAAUGCGAAGAAGGCGGCGGCGGCUGCUGUUUCUGGUUUGAAACAAGACGAUUUGGCUGCGUCACUGUUCACUUUGGCCGAGGACCGUCGCAGCACUCCCACAACGACUGCUGCUGCUGCUAGUGUUGCUGAUGGUGAUGAUGGUGAUGAGGGCACUGCCACUACUGGCAGCGAGCGCUCUCACUCGCCCGAGCAGCCCGCGGGUGACGAGAACUCAAACCGUCGCAACGUUGAUGCGCCGCCGCCGACGCCGGUCAAGCCCACUGUGGACGACGACGUGCGCCGCCGCUACAACGCGCUCAUCUCCAAGGCCAAGAGCACGCUUGCAACUGACCAGCGGCGUGCACUCGCGCUCUACCAGGAGGCCUACGCGCUCGUCCCGCUCCCGAAACUGGCGCAGCGCAUCGCCGAGAUUCAGAGCAAACUGAACGAUGAAUCGGCGGCUGAGACCGCUGAGACGGCGGAGAAGGCGGAGAACUCUGAGAAUUACGUCGAGCUCGCUCAAGACUUCUUUGUCCCGCAUGCAACGGUGGAACGCAUGUUUCCGCAUCAGCGAGAGGGAGUGAUUUGGCUCUACUCGCUCUUCCAGCGCAAAACGGGUGGCAUUCUGGGCGAUGACAUGGGCCUUGGCAAGACCAUCCAGAUCGUGAGCUUUUUGCAAGGACUGUUCUGCUCCAAGCAGAUCAAACGCGCGCUGAUUGUGGUUCCCCUCGCGCUCCUUGACAACUGGAAGAAGGAGUUUGAAAAGUGGGCUCCAGAAGUUGCCGUGUGGCAAUUCCACGAUGGCGAUCUCAAGCAGAGACAUCAGGUCCUCCGCAGUCUGCGCAAGCGCGGUGGAGUGUGCUUGACCACUUACGGAAUCGUGUGCUCGCGAAACGACGGUCUGAGAACCAUCGACGAGAGGGUGGAUGGUGGAAGUGCACAGUCCGACGACAGCACGGUUUGGGAUUGCAUGAUCCUGGAUGAAGGUCAUCGCAUCAAAAACUGCAACACCAAGCUGGCUCGAGCCGUCUACAACAUCAUGGCCACAACCAAAGUCAUUCUUUCCGGCACUCCAAUCCAGAACAACCUGAAGGAAAUGUGGGCAUUAUUCAACUUUGUCUGCGAUGGAAAGCUGCUUGGAACCAUCCAGUCUUUCGGCAAGCUGUUCAACCAGCCGAUUGUCCAAGCAAGCGACAAGAGCGCUACCGACGCGGAACGCCUGCAAGGGGCCACCGUCGCUGCAGUGCUCAGGGAUCGGAUUGCGCCCUAUUUUCUUCGGCGUGAAAAGAAGCAGGUGCUGCACGCAGAUGACGGAACUGUGUUUGCCGCUCAGGCUGCCGCUGACCUGGCAGACGCGCCCGGCACUAUCGCGAUCAAGCUCGAGCGCAAAGACGAUCUGAUUGUCUGGCUGAAGCUGGCCCAGCCUCAACUGAAGCUGUACACUGCCUUUCUGGAGAAUACGGACAUUGACGAGCUGAUCAACGAAGGUUCGACUGUGCUGUCUGCGUUGGUCAUGCUGAAAAAGCUAUGCGAUCAUCCGCAGCUUCUGAAACUCACGACAAACAAGAGCGACACAAAAGACUUGCGCAUUUUGGCCGCAAAGAAGUGCGACGACGACGACGAGGAUGAGGAGAGGCAGCAAGAACGUCAGACUGCGCGCGCCAAGCUCACCGCUCUGGAAGUGAAGAAGCUGUGGCAGUCGUUCUUGCCCAGGACCGCCGAGCAGAUCGAAGACACGAUUCAAGCCUCAGUCAAGCUGUCCUUCCUGACGACCUUGUGCGAAAAUCUAAAGCAGGACGGACACCGUGUGUUGAUCUUCAGUCAAUCUACACGCAUGCUCGAUCUCAUCCAAGAAGUGCUCACAUACCAAAAGUACUCGUUGAUCCGGAUUGACGGGUCUGUCACUGGUCAUGAGCGCCAGCAUCGCAUCGACAAGUUCAACACGGACGACUCCAUCUUUGGCUUCCUCCUGACGACGCAAGUGGGCGGGGUUGGCAUUACCCUGACGAGUGCCGACCGUGUGAUUAUUGUUGAUCCGAGCUGGAAUCCAGCUAUCGAUACCCAAGCAGUUGAUCGCGCAUACCGCAUCGGCCAGACCCGAAAUGUGGUGAUUUACCGGCUCAUCACAUGCGGCACCAUCGAGGAGAAAAUUUACUGCCGUCAAGUCUACAAGAGCGAUUUUUCGCACGUCAUGAUCGACAAGCAUGCUCCAUCUCGCCAUUUCGACGCAUCCGAGCUGUAUCAGCUGUUUGAGAUUGGCGAAACGUCGUUUUCAACCACCCAAAAGGAGUUGUCUGCAAAGUACGAUGGAGCCAAGAUCAUUCCACCAUGGUUGGCAGACCACUUUGCGACAUUGAAGCGUUUGGAUGUUCGCGGAACGAACUUUCACGAUCUCUUGUCCAACAGCAAGGUCAAGGACACCGAGGAAGCCGUCGACCAAGGCGUGCUUGAGGAGGCCAAGCGCGACCUCGACACCUCCAUCAUUGAGGACGAAGACAACAACAGCGCGCCGCUUCGUCGACCAGCCGGUCCUGCGGUUGCAAAGCCCGCUGCACGAAAGCCCCGAACCUUGGCAACUGUAUCCGCCGAGGCAGAGCUACGUACUCCUGCCGCCACAUCCAAAACCAGCAAGACCAACAAGGGCAACAAGACCAAAGCUGCUGCUGCUGCUGCUGCUGCAGUUGCUGCUACUACUGUCCAGAGCUCGCCAAUUCUCGUGGACUCGCCGAUGGCAACGACGAAGGUCUCUGUCGGCGUGAUGUCGCCAAUGUUGAACGCGCUUCUCAAAGCUCCAACGAAAUCGAUGGCGGCCGAGUCGCCAUUGCCGACCAACGGCGGCGGCAAACGUGUCAGGCGCCGCCUUGUCAUCGACUCGGAUGACGACGAGGAAGACACGACUGCACCCGCCCCAAGCAAGGCCUCUUUGGUGGCGCCGAUUAUGCUGGAUUUGAGCGCGGAUGAUGAAGACGAUGGAGAAAAUGCUCCAUCGGAACGUUUCGAGAACGAGCGUCGUGUUUCUGUUCCGUCACCCAUGCUUUCGCCCGUCGUGAAGCAUGCCGGCGUUUCGGUCGACUCCCUCCCUGAGGAAUCAACAACUGAGUACCCAGACGCGUACCAGGCUGAGGAGCUUCAGGACACAAGCUACGAAGACAACGUCGAGUCAUGCCAUGCCGACAACGCCAUCCUGCCAGAAUAUUCCAGUGCCCAGUCCGAUCAAUCGGAGGAUGGCUACUCUCGUGAUGCGGCUGAUGCGGAAGACAGCACUGGUGCCGUCAGUGUGAACGAAGCCGACAUGCUCGUCUCGAAAUUCUCGGAUCUUCGUGUUGACGUCACGGGUACGCCUGACGAGGAGGCACACGAAGAACAAGUCCCGCCAGCUGCCGGAUCUCUGGAGCAAGACAUGUUGGAUGCGCUUGCCGCAGACUUUAUGGCGCAAGAACCGUUUGAUGAGCCCAUGCCGUUUGCUCGCGGUCGCAAGAGCCUUGGUGCACGUUUGGCCGAGGCGGCGUGGGCGGAGAUGAGCGGGCUGGACUUGAACGAGUCGCUGCUCGAAUCGGAGGACUUUGAUACCGCAAACGUGUCACAGAACGACGCUUGGGAUGAUGCGGAGCAGGGCUCGAUCAACUCGGACGAUUCCGACCUGGACCGAACCCUGACUGAGGAGGAUGCAACCUCGAUGCGGGCCACCGGGCUGUUUCAACCUGACGCCACUCUGUCGCUUGCUGACUCGGAUCCAAUCCCUUCAAGCGAACCCUCUGCGCCUUCAAGCGAGUCUCAUCCACCGGCCUCGUCGGCAUCUGAGAUGUCCAUCAUUGUCAACCGGCCGCGCAGUGCUCUGAGCGUCGAAGAGCUGACCCAGUACAAUCAGCUGCUGGCAAAGUCCAGGGCUCUGCGGGCCAGUGGACAGGUUGCCCUGGCGCUGAAUGCGCUGCUGUCUGCUUUUGACAUUUGCGAUGAAGAUCCAUCCCUGCAGGCAUUCAUUUCUUCAUUCUCGCAACAGCUUCCCGAAUUUUAAGGCCAUCUGUACUGUAUUGUUUGCUGGAUUGGAUGGCAACGAAUGAUUUUUGCAAUGAAAUGUAACUGCUAUUAUGAAUGUA